UCUGGUUAUAUAUUUUGAUAUCCAUAGAAACAAUUAUAUAUGUUAGUUAGAAGUACAAGGGUAUAUUCGUGGACAGUAUAUUUAAAUAGUAAAACACUACCCAGAGGAGGCUUUUGCGUACUAUCUAUAUACUACUAUAAUAGUUAUAUAUGAUGGAGUAGAAUAUUAAUUAGAGAAAAGGAAGAAAUAAUAUCAAGUAUAGUAUUAAUAUGCGCAUGUCAUCUCCACCACCUCUUCUUCCGCCUAUCCUCUUUAAAAAGUUUUCUGUUCCAUUAGAAAAAAAAAAAAAACAAUCAGAAGAUACAGCUUUCAUCAAUAUUCAUUAAUUUAUUUAAAAUAAUAUUAAAAAAAAAACUGAUUCAUACAGACAGGAAAAGAAAAACUUGUUAUAACUACAAAAACGAAUCCACCACCAUACCACCAUGACAAGUUUAUCUUCUAAAUUCUCUUCUCUCUACUUUUUCUUUUGUCGGUGAAUUUGGAUUUGUCUACUCCCUCCACCAUCAUAUUACCACCUGCAACCCCUCUCUCUCUCUCUCUCCGACAUAUUUAUUCUCUGUCACCGUCUCUCUCUCUCUGACCAAACCUAGAUCGAGAAAAGUUCGGUCUAAUUCCUCAAAAGUCUCUUCCUCUAUGGACGGCGGCGGAGUAGCUGACGUGGCAGUCGCCGGGACGACGAGGAAGAGAGAGAGACCUUACAAGGGUAUAAGGAUGAGGAAGUGGGGGAAAUGGGUUGCGGAGAUUCGAGAGCCCAACAAGCGCUCUAGGCUAUGGCUUGGCUCUUACUCAACGCCCGAGGCGGCGGCGCGAGCCUACGAUACGGCGGUUUUCUACCUCAGAGGACCGACGGCGAGGCUUAACUUCCCUGAGCUUCUCACCGGAGAGAAAUUUUCCGAGGAGGAUAUGUCGGCUGCGACGAUUAGGAAGAAAGCGACGGAGGUUGGGGCUCAGGUAGACGCUUUGGGGACGGCGGUGCUGAGUAACUGCCGCCGUGUUUUUGGUCAGAGUCAAGAGAGUGAUGAUGAUAAUAAGAAUUUUCAUCGGAGUUAUCAUCAAAACGUAGAGAGAGGAGAAGAAGAUGAUGAGAAGAGAGGCGGGUGGUUAUUGGAGCGGGUUGACUUGAAUAAAUUACCCGACCCGGAAAGCUCCGAUGAAGACUGGGAAAGCAAAUAAACAAAAAAAAAUGUUAUAUAUAUUUUGGAGCGGUGGCCGCACGCCUCGGCCUACCUCUGGGGAAUAUCAUUAGCGCCGUUUAUGUUUUUUUUUUUUUUUAAUUUGCAUUAUCUGAAAUUUUAGUGUUUCUAGUUAUUAGUUUUUGCUUCUUUCUUGUCUUUUAUUACGUGUUUUGCGGUUUAUGGAAUUUUAGGCUAUUGCUUAAAGAAUGCAUAAGUGUAUAUUACCACUCAUUUAAUGAAUUUCGCCCUAUUCUCUUAUCAUUAAUUUGUUACUUUAUCGUUACCCUAAAUACGAG